AUGGAGAACCCAGUCCGCGAAAUCCAGACGGUCAUUAAACUACUUACUCAGUCCCCGCCUACCCUGCAAGCAUCUACAAUUGAAAAAUUCUUCACUCCGAAUGCCUCAUUCUCCCACCCUUUCUGCCGGACCUGGUCCUUCAAUGGGUCGCGAUGGCUGAUUCAGGCCAUCUACCGAUUCUACAAGAUUUUGUCCCCCCGGAUUGAUCUUGAAGUAAAAUCAGUCGCUUUCGAUCAAGACAACCUCAAACUCUACGUCACCAUCUCCCAAAUCUUCUCCAUCUUCAUCAUUCCCUUCUACCUCGCUCCGGUCACCCUCACGACUGUCCUAACCCUAACUACCGAUCCAAAUGAAUACCGCGGGUACAAAGACUUUGAGAAAACUGGCCGCCAACUCCAAAACUCCGACCAUUCCAACGAAGAAACCAAAUUCGACGGUGAGACCACGAAAUACUGGAUUUCCUCGCAGGAAGAUUUGUAUCAAACCACCGAAUUCGUCAAGUUCAUCUUGCCGUUUGGUAUUGGCGUCUUUGCGGUUUUUGUGUGGCAUGUGUUGGCUACGGCGGGUUGUGUUUUUGGGUCUUUGGUUUUGUCGCCCGUGACUUGGGCGGAGGAGAGGUUCUCGUUGAAAAGAGAGGUGCGUCAAGCUUCGGGGCAUAAUGUGUCGGAAGUAACGGGUCAUGUGGUUGAGCAUUAUGCCCAUGAUGCUGCGGGACUGGUCAGUGGGGUUGCAGAAUCUGUGCAAGAGAGGCUGAAAGAGCUUUGA